AAACAUUGUCACAUGGGCCCUUCUAGGGCCAGCUCAUGCUUCCCAAAGGCUCCCUGGGCUUAGCUCCUGCCUCCCAUCAGCCUCUCCUGGAGCCCCGUCCUCUGCCUCCAUACUGGCGGCCUCUCCAGGCCUGGAUCCUCCUCUUGGCCAUGUCUACGGGCCCAAGUUUUGCCCCUGGCAGCCUCUUUUUUUUUUUUUUUGAGAUGGAGUUUUUCUCUUGUUACCCAGGCGUGAGUGCAAUGACCUGAUCUGGGCUCACCUCAACCUUUGCCUCUUGGGUUCAGGCAGUUCUACUGCCUCAGCCUCCUGAGUAGCUGGGAUUACAGGCAUGCACCACCAUGCCCAGCUAAUUUUUUGUAUUUUUUUUUUUUUUUUGAGACCUAUUUUCGCUCUUGUUACCCAGGCUGGAGUAGCAUGGUGUGAUCUCGGCUCACCACAACCUCCGCCUUUUGGGUUCAGGCAAUUCUCCUUCCUCAGCUUCCUGAGUAGCUGGGAUUUCAUGCACCCGCCACCGUGCCCAGCUAAUUUUUUUUUUGUUUUUUUUGAGAUGGAGUUUUGCUCUUGUUGCCCAGGCUGGAGUGCAAUGGCAUGAUCUCGGUUCACCACAAUGUUUGCCUCCUGGGUUCAGGCAAUUCUCCUGCCUCAGCCUCCUCAGUAGCUGGGAUUACAGGCAUGCACCACCAUGCCCAGCUAAUUUUUUGUUUUUUGUUUUUUUUUUUGAGACCUAUUUUCACUCUUGUUACCCAGGCUGAAGUAGAAUGGCGUGAUCUCGGCUCACCACAACCUCCGCCUUUUGGGUUCAGGCAAUUCUUCCUCAGCCUCCUGAGUAGCUGGGAUUACAGGCACGCGCCACCAUGCUCAGCUAAUUUUUUUAUUUUUAUUUUUGAGUUGGAGUUUUGCUCUUGUUGCCCAGGCUGGAGUGCAAUGGCAUGAUCUCGGUUCACCGCAAUGUCCGCCUCCUGGGUUCAGGCAAUUCUCCUGCCUCAGCCUCCUGAGCAGCUGGGAUUACAGGCACGCGCCACCAUGCCCAGCUAAUUUUUUGUAUUUUCAGUAGAGACGGGGCUUCACCAUGUUGACCAGGAUGGUCUCGAUCUCCUGACCUCGUGAUCCACCCGUCUCGGCCUCCCAAAGUGCUGGGAUUACAGGCGUGAGCCACUGCACCUGGUCCCCAGCAGCGUCUUUUGGCUCGGCUCCUGGCCAUCUCCUGGAGGCCUUUCAUCUGUCGGCCCAAAGCUUCCUCAGGUGGCACCUUUUGGGCGUCCCUUCUGCCUCCCGGUGGCCUCAACAGAAGGGACACCUAGAAGGCCCCACCUGAGGAAGCUUUGGGUCGACAGACGAAAGGCCGAGCCAAAAGAGGCUGCCUGGUGCAAAACUUGGGCCGGUUGAUGUGGCCAGGAGAAGGUUCAGGCCUCGUGAGGCUGCCAGUAGGGAGGCACAGGCUGGGCCUCCUGGAGUGACUGCCUGAUGGGAACAGGACCUGGGCCCCAUGGGGCCACUGGGAUGCAGGACCUAGCCCCGGAGGGGACCACGUGAUGAUGUAUUGUGCCCAGGUUGGGGGGUGCCGCCGGGAGGGCAGGAGCUGGACCUGCAGACGCGGACUUCAUGACCCAAUGCUUGGGCUUCCCGAGGCCAGCAGGAGGACAAAGCAGGACUGGGCCUCAGGCUGAGCUCUGGAGUCCCCGCAGCCUCCCCAGCCCCAGCUGCUGCCUGCUGGCUGCUUCUGCAGGCCAAGGUCUUGGCUACCUGCAUCCUGGCUGCAUCCACAGGCCCAGCGCCUCCCUCACACUGGCCAGUUGAGGCUCAAUUCGGCCUGAAGCUUUCUCAAGUGGGGUUUCUGCCUCCGUUCUGCCUACCAGUGGCCUUGACAGGCCCUGCUACCAUCUGAUGUUGGCCCCUCCGGACCCAGCUCUGGAUUCUCUGCAGCCUCCCCAGCACCAGCUGCUGCUUGCUGAUGGCUUCCCCACACCAAGAUCCUGCCUGCCUGCCUGCCUGCCUGCCUGCAUUCUGGCUGCAUCCACAGGCCCAGCGUUCCCCUCACAGUGGCUCAUUGGAGCCCAGUGCUUUCCUUACAGUGGCUCAUUGGAGCCCAGCGCUUUCCUCACAGUGGCUCAUUGGAGCCCAGUGCUUUCCUUACAGUGGCUCAUUGGAGCCCAGCGCUUUCCUCACAGUGGCUCAUUGGAGCCCAGCGCUUCCCUCACAGUGGCCCAUUGGGGCCCAGCUCGUGCCUGUGGCAAACCUCUCCGGACCCAGCUCUCGCCUCACUCUUGCCUUGAGUCUAGGCUCAGGCGCUCCCUCGCAGGGGUCUUCCUCAGCCCAGCUCGCCUAUCACAGACUCUCCCGGGCCAGCUCCUGCCUCCCGGCGGCCUGUCCAGGUCUAAAGCUUCCUCUCUGGGCCUGGCCUCCCCAGGCCCAGCUUCUGCCCGUGCCAGGCCCAUACCGGGCCCAGCCUCCGCCUUUCAGUGGACCCUCCAGGCCCAGCUUGUGGAAUCACCGUGGCCUCUGCUCAGGCCCAGCUCCUGCCUCUGUGGCAGCCUGUAUCCACAGGCCCCACCCCCAGUCUCUCCGUGGCCUCAUGGGGCCAAGCUGAUGCCUCCCGGUGGCCCUCCCGGGCCCAACAUUGGCCUGCUGGCCUCCUCUCUGGGCCCAGAACGUCUUCAGCUGAGGCAUGAAGCUGAACUUGGACUACCUGCUGGAGAUGCUUUGGGAGUACUUGGCCCUGACCUGCAUCUACACCAGGAAGAGAGGACAGAGGCCGGACUUCACAGACGCCAUCAUCCUCCGGAAAGGGGCCUCAGUGGAGCACGUGUGCUUCUGCAUCCACCGGUCACUCGCCAGCCAGUUCAAGGAUGCCCUGGUGUGGGGCACCAGCACCAAGUACAGUUCGCAGCGGGUGGGUCUGACCCACACCAUGGAGCAUGAGGAGGUCAUCCAGAUCGUGAAGAAGUAAUGGCGCCUGCCAGGCCUCCCGCCCACCUGCCUCAUCUCCCUGGGGGCGUCGGUCCUACUGGGACACACAAACACCCAAACAAAAAUACAAAUACACACACUUCUCUGACACUCGGGGUGGGGGCCCUUCCAGGAAGAAACCCCCUUGUGUCCUCCACUCAAGGCUCUCCAGGCUUGGAAGCAGAAGUUAGUGGCUUCAAAGGCCCAGCUGACACCCUCCACAGCCUAAGGGGUGUCCUAAAGUGCCUCCCUCUUUCUGACCCUCCCAGGGCAGCUCCUGCCCAGCACAAAACCCCCAGACCCUGGCUCUACACACCUGGGCCAGGGACUUUUGAGUUAAGAAUCUGUUUUCUAAGUCCCCAGUUCUCCUGGCUCUCCUUUCUGAAAUAAAGGAUUGAAAACCAUUCCUGUCCAGACCGAGAACACUUUGUAACCUUGCUGAACAGUAGCCAGGUUGAGUCAGGUGGGCACAGGUCAAGCAUUGAGGGUAGCAGUGGGCCUGGGAGUUGGAGAGGGUGGAGCCUGGAUCCCCAGGGCAGCCCCAGGCCAUGGGUGGCAAGGAGAAUGCAGGGUUCCUCAGCCAGGCACGGGCAGGCUCUACCCAGGGAGUUGGUCAUGGGUGUCAGGCCCAGACUGGCCCCUCCAGAGGGGCCUGGCUGCCAAGGUGGGCAGCAUCCCAGGAGGCCUUUGUGACCAUCUGGGUGGCAGGGAGGCUCCCCCGUGAGAACAAGGUGGCUGACCAUUUCCUGUUGCCUCAGAAGCCAGGAGGAGAGGGGCUGGCAGGGGCUCGUUGAGUACCUAUAAUGUGCCGGGACAGUGCCGGCCCCCCACGGUAUUCUACUGUCCCUUGGAAGCUGGUGCAGGUUGCACAGUAUUUGAAUGCAGAGCCUAGAUGUAAGACCUGUGAGCAGCAGCGAAGGCUUCCCGGAGGAGGUGUGCCUUUUCAGAGGGAUGCAGCAGGUUCUGUGAGGCUGUCAGGAGAGGUAGAGAGCCCCAGGGGGGCCUAGGGCCCAGCUGGAAUAUGGAGCAGGCCCAGGCCCGGGUCCUGGGCUGUUUGCAGCUCCGCUGUCAGCUGCUCAGUCCUUUCCAGAGACAAAACAGGAAUAAUAGACAUCAUUAAAUAUACAUGGGGCCCCAGGCGGUUGGCCUGGUGGGCUGGGCCUCCCUUCCCCGUAACACCGAGCUGCUCUGCUGGGCCGAUCGUGCUCCUGGGCCAGCCAGAGGACCCCCAUGUUGCGGCAUGCAGGCUGGGAGCAGGCCAGGGGACCCUAGCCUAGAGUCCUUGGGGUUGGCCACUAGCUACCCUCCCAUCCCAGACUGCAGGGGCAGCAGCAGAGCUGGGGCCUUGCCCCUAAGUCACCUUGAGACCCUUCGCUGCCUCGCUUUGUUCAUCUGUGAGGGGUGUGAUGCCCACGCAGCCCCCUCCUGGUGAUGGUGGGAUACCAAGACAGGCAAGGGCUCCUUGGCCCCUCUCCCAACAGCCCUGAUGCCUGGCCGUGAGGCCCUAAGUGAGGGUUUCUACCUGGGUGGUGGCCAUUCCCACUUCCACUUUACAGGCAAGGGCUCUGGCCCUGGGUGAGGUGGGGAAGGCCUUGAGUUCACACAGUAUCAGGCUGAGUCUGGGCCUUGGGUUAGAUCCAGGCCUGUUCUGUCCCCCUGGCUGGCUGACAAGGGUGGGGGGAAAAUGAGGCCAGAGGCUGGGGGGUCCUCAGGCAGGGAGGGCUCGGGUGAGUGGCUCCUGCCACUGGGCUGCAUGUUCCUGGGCUAGGUCUGUUGUGCGUGGGGGUCAGGCAGGCACUACAGCUCUGUUGUGUCCUGGGCUUUCUGGAUCUGUGGGCAGGAUGGCUGUAUGGUCUACAUUUGCAUGUGAGAGAGUGAGCGAGAGAUCAUGCAGCCGUGUAUGCCCAGGUCAGUGUGAAGCAGUUCAUGGUGCCCUUAGGGCUGGGGAAGCUCCCUGAGACCCCCUCAAAGGUCCCAGACCCCCCCAACCUGGGCGGGCUCCAGGCUUGGGCCUCACCCUGUCAGCCACCUUGUUCUCAUCACUCAUGCUCCCUGGCAAUCACAGGCAAGGGUAUGCACCCUCACCCAGGCCAUGCCCAGGCAGCAGAGCUGCACUCAGCUCCCAGCUGGCAUCCCUGCAGCCUCCCGGGGGUCAUCUGCCCGCAUCUUUAGAAGACUCAGGUACAAAGGAGCCAAAGAAAUGCAUAUUACUCUGUCCCAUGCUUGUGCAUUCUCUCAUUCUCCAUCUUUCUUCCUCUCCAGCUUAGAUUCCACAGUUUUUUGUUUCAGAUCCCUCCUUUGGCAAGAAAGCCAAGUGGAGAGCCUCUGCUUCCCACUCUGUCCUUCUCCUAGACGGCUCACCCCACCUCCAGCCUCCAUCUCGCCAGACCUGGGUCCGAGCAGCCUUUUUGACUCUCCACUGCACUGCCCCAUACCCAUCCAAACGCUCCGUGUCCCAGACCAAACGUGGCAUUUCCGCCCCACCCGGCCUCACCUCAGAGACACUCCGUGCACCCUCCAGCUGCACCAACCCAACCCCAAGUUCACCUGGCUCCCCCUCAUCCCAGCCCCAUCUAGCCCCUCACCAGGGCCAGCAUGUUUCACCUCAUCCUGAAUGUGUCCACUGGACUCCAUCACAGCAUGGUCCCAGUCACGCCACUGUCCCCGCUCCACUCUUUUCACAUGGUGGCCUGAGCUGCCUUUUCUCCUGCUUUCUAAGAAGCCAUGUGAGCCAGUGGUUGAGACCGUGGACACUCUGGAGCCAGACUGCCCAGGCUCAACUCCACCUACAAGCUCUGUGGGCCCAUGUCCUCCUCUGCAAAGUGGGAAGAAGAAUCACACCCACUUCAGGAGGUUGUAGUGAGUUGAGUUCUGUGUGGCCUGGCAGUUCUGAACACAGGCCUUGCCGUCACAGGUCCCAUUGCUUCCUCACUGUGGGCUCUCCGCUGAGGGAUCUAACCUGAGAUCAAGCCCUUCAUCUCUAAAAUGUGAAGAACAGUUGCUGUCCUACCUAUGUGAGAAUCUAGUGUGAUACUUCAGAAAAGCAUUUAGCACCAAGCCUGGCACACAGUAAACAUCUGGAAAUGUGGAACAGUGACCAAAGUCCCAUCCCUUCCAUGGCUGAUUGGGCUAGUCCCUGCCUGCCACCCUGGCCGCCUCUCAUUUCACAUGCCCUCAAUCACUCCGCUCUAGCCACAGACUGUCCCUGAAGCCCCUCUUACUACCUGGCCUUUGCACAUGCUGUUCCACUUGCCAGGAAUACUGUUCCCUCUUCCAUGUGAUCAGCUCCCUCUUAUCCUUAUCUUGGCUCAGGGUUGCCUUGUCGGGAGAGUCUUCCUGGACCUCCAAUGCAGUGUUCGCCCGUCUGGGGUCAUGCCCUGACCUUCACAGCUCUUCUUAUUGGUGUGACUCUUUGUUUAAAGCCUGCAUCCAGGAUAGGCAUGGUGGUUCAUACCUGUAAUCCCAACACUGGUAGGCUGAGGCAGGAGUAGUGCUUGGGGGCAGGGAGUUCAAGACCAGCCUGGGCAACUUAGUGGGACCCUGUCUCUACAAAAACUGAAAGCAGUAGCCAGGUGUGGUGGCACACACCUCUGGUCUCAGCUGCUCGGGCAGCUGAGGUGGGAGGAUUGCUUGAGCCUGAGAGCUCAAGGCUGCAGUGAGCUGUAAUUAUGUUACUGCACUCCAGCCUAAGCGACGGAACAAGACCCUGUCUCAAAAAACAAAAACAGAAAACAAAGCCUGUGUCCCCUACAACGCAGGGAACUUCAUGAGAGCAGAGAUCAGGUUGGCUUUCACUCCACUCUGCCAACCCUGAGUGCCCUGCAUAGUGCUUGGCACAUAACACAUGCACAACUAAUGCACAGCUAAUAUUUAAAGAAUCAAUAAAUGAGAGACUAGUAGCCUGACACCUGCUCUGUGUCUGCACAGAGGUCAGGGACCCUGAGAGGGAGGCAGGACCUGGAACCUACCAGUGAAGGGGCAACCUCAGCUGACUUCUUGCCUGAGGUUCCAGAGACCAAGAGGGCUCAGGUGGGCAGGACUUGCUGCCAGCAGUCACCCAGACCACCUCACUCAGAGCAGAGAGGCAGAGGCCUGUAGCAACGAUGUUGGCAGAUAUAACAGCUGCUUACCCAGGCCAGCCACUGUGCCCGGCUCUCCCAACAUUUCAUGUAAUGCCCAGGCCAGCCUUGGUAGGGGCGGUAUCUACACUCACGGAUGAGGAGACUAAUGCUGAGGCUGCAUGACUUGCUAUGGGUCAGAUCCAAGUGAGGAAUGAGACCUGACCCAGAGCUCUGAGCUGCGGGCCUCCUCAUCCCGUGGGCUAGAGCUGGGCUUGCCUCUCCGAGUGGCAGGUCUUCAUCUGGACAAUGGGGUUUUGCAGGGGAAAGAUGCCUGCCUGUGGGCUUGAGGCAUGACUUGGGCAAGCCCCUAGACAAUGGUGGCCUCUCAGCCUUUCUUUCUUUCUUUUUCUUUUUCUUUUUUUUUUUUGAGGAGAAAGAGAAUAAUAUUUAUUGGGCAUGCCACACACCAAGUUACAUUUUCUUUAUUAUUAAUAGCACCAGUCGCUCUGACCCUGAUUUAUUUCUUUAUUUUUUUAUUGCAUUUUAGGUUUUGGGGUACAUGUGCAGAACAUGCAAGACAUUUGCAUAGGUACACACGUGGCAGUGUGUUUUGCUGCCUUCCUCCCCUUCACCCACAUUUGGCAUUCCUCUCAGCCUUUCUUCUGGACAGACAAGGCUCCCUGCUUGGGGCAGACAGAAAGUAUGGCUCUGGGAGGUGCUCCUGGUUCUGAAGAGCCAGCCCUGCCCCACUCUUCCCCAGCAAGUCUUCUGACCUCUCUCUGCCUCACUUUCAACAAAUGUUACGUGGCUGUGGGGGUGGAGUUGGAUAUGUGACAUCUCAGGCCCUGACAUUCUUCCUGAGAGCCUGUCUAAAGUGGUGUUUCCACUCACUGUCUCGAAAUUCUUUUUUUCCAUUUUCACAUUUACAGUGUUGUCAGGGGUGGGGACAGGGUCUCGCUCUGUCUCUCAGGCUGGAGUACAGUGGUGCAAUCUGGGCUCCCGGCAGCCUCCACCUCCCGGGUUCAAGUGAUUCUCCUGCCUCAGCCACCACACUGUGCACGGCUUUAGCUGGGAUUACAGGUGUGCACCACCACACCCAGCUGAUUUUUGUAUUUUUUAGUAGAGAUGGAGUUUCGCCAUGUCGGCCAGGCUGGUCUUGAGUUCCUAGCUUCAAGUGAUCCACCUGCCUCGGCCUCCCAAAGUGCUUGGACUACAGGUGAGAACCUCCAUGCCCAGCCCACAUUUAUACUUUUAAAUGUGACAUUUUUGUUUGUUUUUUGACUCAGAAAUGCACUCAUAUGGAUCAAAAAUCAAACUAAUGUAGAAAGAUUUACAGGGAGAUAACCAUUCUCAUUAAUUUCUUGUGUAGCUUUUGCUGUAUUUUUUUUUGAGACAGAGUCUCACUCUGUCACUUGAGCUGGAGUGCAGUGGCAUAAUCUUAGCUCACUACAACCUCCGCCUCCUGGGUUCAAGCAAUUCUUAUGGCUCAGCCUCCUGAGUAGCUGGAACUACAGACACACACCAUCAUGCCUGGCUAAAUUUUGUAUUUUAGUAGAGACCGGGUUUCACCGUGUUGCCCAGGCUGGUUUCAAACUCCUGAGCUCUGGCAGUUUACCCACCUCAGCCUCCCAAAGUGCUAGGAUUACGGGCUUGAGCCUCCACACCCAGCGCUGUAUUUCUUUUAUUUGUUUGUUUUGACACAGGGUUUUGCUCUGUGUCAGAGGCUGGAGUGCAGUGGUGUGAUCACAGCUCACUGCAGCCUCAAAUCCUGGCUCAAGUGAUUCUCCCACUUCAGCCUCUUGAGUAUCUGGGCCUACAGGCACUUGCCAACACUCCCCGCUAAUAUUUUAGUUUGUUUGUUUUUUAGGGACACGGUCUCAUUAUAUUGCCUAAGCUGGUUUCAAACUACUUGGCUCCUCCCAUUUCAGCCUCCGAAAGUGCUGGAAUUACAGGCAUGAGCCCCUGCUCCCUGCUGCAAUAUUUCUAAUAUGGAAACAAAAAUAAAUACAAGCUGAGCAUGGUGGUACACACCUGUAAUUCCAGCACUUUGGGAGGAUGAGGUGGGCGCAUCACUUGAGGCCAGGGGUUCAAGACCAGCCUGGCCAAUAUGGCAUAACUCCAUCUCUACUAAAAAUAAAAAAAUUAGCUAGGCAUGGUGGUGCAUGCGUGUAAUUCCAGCUACUCGGGAAGCUGAGACAGGAGAAUUGCUUGAAUCCAGGAGGUGGAUGUUGCAGUGAGCUGAGAUUGUAUCACUGCUCUCUAGCCUGGUUGGCAGAGUGAGACUGUCUAAAAAAAAAAAAAAAAAAAGCAAA